AUGGAUAACAAUAACCCGCAUUUGGCUGGAAAGAAAGCAAGGGCACGACGAUCGCUUAUUAUGAAAGAAAAUCGUUCAAAACGUCAAAGACAGAAUUUAAACCAACAUGAUUCAAUCAAUGAUACAUUCUAUUCUCCUAAUUGCUUCACAAUGAGACAACCUUUGUCUGAAAUCACUACCUCGGCUCGGAAUCAGAAGACUAUCGUACAGAUUGUCGAAGAAGGGAGAGUAAUGAGAACAAAUUUAAUGCCUAAAUUUUCUACUGAAUGUACAACUGAGAAUGGUCAUCCAACUACAAUUGAGAAUUCCCAACAUGGGCUGAUUUUUUCAACCAACCAGUUCUAUGAUCCUGGAAGUUCUUCCAAGAAUCCCAUAAAUACGGAAAAGAAAAAAACUGUUCGUGGCAGGCCUAAGAAGCAGCUGGGAGUACCAAGUCUUGCCAUGAAUUUGAAUAGUAACCCCCCUAAAGAAGCUGUCAACAUAUCGGUAGCACAACAGCCAACGAGCAGUGUUAGCAGUAGAAAAAACAACCGUCGUCAACAAAUGCCAAUCAAACAGACACAUCAUGAGAGGGUUCGAGCAUCGCCUGUGUCACACACUAAAGGCAAAACACCUGAAAUAAAAGAACCAGCAUGUCCUGCUUUUACCCCUGCAGUCAACUUGGAUUUUAACAGCGACUCGGACGAAGAUAGCGAUUACGACCCUUUUGCAACUUAUUUAUCCGAUGAGGACUUCUGUUCCGAACCUGAAGAAAACGAGGCACCUUUUAUAAUUCACGACAACUACACCCGUUCUUCUGAAGCUUAUUACGACAUAGGGGACCCGCCCAUCGAAUGUCGUUAUUGUAAAUCCAUGAUGUGGUAUCAAGAACGGAUGAAUAAAAGUUCCCAUUCUGCUAAUCCAAAGUUUAUGAUGUGUUGUUGCAAUGGGAAAGUUGAAAUACCACUACUAAAACAACCUCCAGAAGUUCUUGCAAAAUUGAUGUUUGACCAUGAUAACGUAGUGAGCAGAAAGUUUCAACAACAUAUUAGAGUUUACAAUAUGAUGUUCGCCUUUACAUCGCCAGGUGCAAAGUUGGACAAUCGUUUUAACAAUGGAGGUGGACCACCAACUUUACGGAUACAAGGUCAAACAUGCCAUCGAAUUGGAAGUUUGUUACCUGCUCGAGGAGACACACCCAAAUUUGCUCAAUUAUAUAUUUAUGACACAGAAAAUGAGGUUCACAAUCGAAUGAAGUGUCUAAGGACUACCAAGAACAUUGAUCUAGAAGUUGUACAACAAUUAUCUACAAUGAUGUAUGAACACAAUACUCGUGCCAAGAGCUUUAAAAUGGCAAAACAAUGGUUCAACAAAGCGGAUACUCAAAACCUGAAGUUGAGACUCAUAGCUGACAGAUCCACGGAUGGAAGAGUGUAUAACCAACCGACGGUGUCUGAAGUUGCUGCCUUAGUUGUUGGUGAUAUUGACACAGCAGAAAUGAGGGAUAUAAUUAUGCAAUACCAAGGAGGCGGACUUAAGCGGAUCAACGAGCUCCAUGCAAGUUACAUGGCCUUCCAAUAUCCUUUGAUUUUUCCCUAUGGUGAGGAUGGUUAUAGACCAAAUAUUGCCCAUAGAGACUUGCCAAUCUAUCAGAAUAGCUUACGAAAUAGGCUGACAAUAAGGGAAUGGCUAUCAUAUCGCAUUCAAACAAGGUUAGCUGAACCUAGGACUUAG